AUGGAUUUCCAUGAUCACAUUGUAGUCAACAUCUUUGGAGGUGCCAGUUCAACGCUGAUUGGACUGCAAGAUUUUGUAAUGCCUCUACGAACCAGCAACUUCACUUAUGAGGAACUUAAGCAGAUUGUGUUCAUUGGACACAUAAAGUAUCUGAAGAGGGAAUGGAAAACCAUUCAGAAUUUCCCCAAAUUAUUUAUUUUCCCGGGCUCUGGACUAUCUUGGGCUAAUCUGAGGGCUGUGAGUGUACAAAGGUGCUGCAUGUCUGUUAUAAUGUCUUCCAACUUUGUCUAUGAAAAUAAGAGGUAUUUGGAGGACACGGAGUGUAUAUUGGCCACACUAAACUUGAGCUCCAUGCAAUUUAAGGAAACAUCUAAUAUAGCUGCCCUGCGCUUCUUGGAUGAUAAGAAAGAGCAUGCUUCCAGGAUUCCCGUUAUCACAGAGCUGAAACAAGCAUCAAACAUCACAUUUAUCGAGCAGGAAAACUCCACUCUCCUAAAACACCCAGAGACAAAAUUCUUUAUGACCGCAGCAUUUGCUACUGGCUCUAUUUUCUCACCGUGUUUUCUAGAUUCUCUAAUGUGUAUGGCCUAUUUUGACAGGAAAUUGUUGGCCCUGCUACAGAUAUUAGUAACUGGAGGUACCACGCCAGAGGUGGAGGACCAGCUAGCUGAGGAGAACAGACAAACAAAAAGUUUAUCCAGUGAAUUCUGUAGUCCAUGGGACCGCUGCAAACUUUCCAUCAUCCCAGUAACUGACUCUAGGCUAUCACCUGUAAAUGGAAAUACAUAUGAGUAUCUGUUUAACAAGGCAUUAAUCUCUCUGGGGAUAAUUUGUUUUGGGAUUUAUCGGCUCAUGGAUGCUCCCAAUCGACGCCAAAGCAGAUAUGUCAUCACCAGGCCACCCAAAAACUUUCCACUGUUAGCAACAGAUAUGCUGUACUGUAUAGUUCCCUAUAGAGUGCAGCCAUGUGCAACACAAUCAUUAGAAUCAUUGUCACCUAUGGAAAAUGGAUCCACAAUACAUUCAAAAGAGGACCUAAGCGAUACAUCUGAAGACGAAUCAGCAACGUCAUUCAAAGUUUAUAUGUAGAGACACACUGUCAGUCUACACAGAUUAAUAUCUUUCUCAUGUAUGUAUUGACAAAAUAUAUUUGUUACAAAAAAUGUUGUUUGUAAUGUAAAUAGAUAUAAUACAACGUUUUUUACAUUUACUGUAUUUUAUAUUAGAACUGACAUUGACACAUGGUUAAAGGAACAAAACACUGAAACUGUUUCCUUCAUGAAUCAGAUACUACAUACAAUUUUACAAAAUUUCCAGUAUACUAUUAUCAAAUUUACUUAAUUCUCGUUACAUUCUUUGUUGAAGAGAAUACCUAGGAAGGUAGCAUGUCUGGAGAACUAUAUGGCAGCAGUUUUACAAGAACGCUUUUGACCUUUAGAUGGCAGCAGUGUUUACACAAUGGGGCCGAAUUAUCAAGCCCCUGUUUCCGUGCGAGCCUUCAGGCUAGCCGGAAACAGUAGUUAUGAAGCAGCAGUCUUAAAGGGAUAUUCCAGCCAAAAUUGGAAACCACA